AUGGAGGCUGAAGUAGAAGAGCAGCCUAAAGCACAAAUUCGCAAGAUGGGUCCGAAAGGAGCGAAGCAAGAUGUUCAAAAAGAUGCUGUUAUGUUUGAAACCGGCGGUCGCGGUGAAAGCAUGCUUGACAGGCGCUGCAAAAUUCCGUUGCCAACACAGCGCAUGAUGGCUUCUGGUCCUACAAAUGGUCCGCAGAUUUCCUAUUACCCGUGGAAUACGGGCGGGCGAAUUGAAGCUCGUCAAAAGGAACGUGGGGAACAGCAAGCUGUGAAAGCGAAGAAGCAACCAAAUGAGAUACAUAAUCGAAGAAAAAGCAACGAAGAAGCCGGAAUUGUCCAACUGUAG